GCGCGUGUGUGCAUGUCUGUGCGUGUUGUGUGUGCGAGUCUGCGCGCGCAUUCCGCAUCUCAGUUUCAACCAAAAGUCGCUCUGCACGCACGCGCUCUCAACUUUAAAGUAGUCGACAGUGUAAUCUGGCCAUACAGGAGAUUUCGAUCGGAAGCCAGAAAAACAAUCUAAACAAUCCGUGCAAAGCGAGGACAGCCUAUAUUUGCCACAUGACUACACAGGCUUUCUGUAAGAUGCUAAUCCUGUGAAGGCGCGAGCGGUUUGCGCGCUCCAUCCGCUCCCAGUGCGCAGGGGAUUUCCUUCUACCUGCAGAGGCAUUCCGGAUUAAGCAAGCAGCUCUAAUGGCUCUAUAACACACUUCAGCCGCGCGUGUGUGUCCAGUCAAGCGGCUUUGGGAAAGAUGGUGGGAGAGUGUGUAUGGCGGCGUGUUGUGUCUCUGAGUCUCAGGCUGAUGCUUGUUAUUCCCGCAGGUCUGCCGGUACGGAGUCAGGGAGACACACAAUCCGAUAAUACCGUGAUGGACAAUAUCACUGUCCGACAGGGAGAGACCGUCUUCCUCAGUUGUUCUCAAGGCGAUGUCGUGACGCACACGGCCUGGCUGAACAGGUCCAGUAUACUAUACGCCGGCGAGGAUAAGUGGUCUGUGGAUCCCAGAGUCAGCCUCGUCACCCUGAACCGUGACGAAUUCACCAUUAAGAUUGAGAACAUAGACCUGAGUGACGAAGGACUAUACGUGUGUGCCGUUCAGACCAGCAGCAAGCCCAGAACCACAUCCGUCCAUAUCAUCGUGCAAGUCCCUCCAAAAAUUGUGAGCUUCUCAAACAGUUUGGUGGUGAACGAAGGCUCCAACGUUACUCUCAUGUGUCUGGCUAACGGCAAACCAGAGCCUGCAAUCAGCUGGAAAAUGUUGUCCCUAACAGCAAACGAAGACAUUGAUUCAGAAGAUGAAUAUUUUGAGAUCCCCUCCAUCAGCAGACACAGGGCCGGAGUGUAUGAGUGCACAGCAGCCAACGACAUCGCCAUAGACACAAAGACGGUGACGCUGGUGGUCUACUAUCCUCCCACUGUGUCUGAAGGAAGAGAUGUGGGCGUGACUCUGGGUCACACUGGGGUCUUGAGGUGCGAGGCAGAUGCUGUCCCAGAGGCAGACUUUGAGUGGUACCGAGAUGACAGAAGGAUCUUCAAUGGCUUUGAUGGCAUUGAGAUUGAGGACAUCGGCCUCACGUCAAUGCUGACUCUUCACAAUGUGUCUGAGGCAGACUAUGGAAAUUACACGUGUGUCGCCAUCAACAAACUCGGGAGUGCAAACACAAGCAUCAUUUUAUAUGAAGUAAUUGAACCCACUAGCUCGACGCUCUUGCAAGAAAUGACUUCAUCUGUUUUAGAGCAAACAACCACUGAAUGCAAUCAGUUGUGUGAAGGACCCGGUGCAGUUCAAGAUGGUAACAGCGGUACAACAGGGACAUACACACCCAUCUGCCUCCUCCUCAUCGUUCCCCUGCAGCUGCUGCUCAAGUUUUGAUGGUGAAGAGGUUUUCGGCUGGAAUUGGUCCCAUCUCUCUCGUCACUCAUAUCAACCCCUGCAGCCACCGAUGAGAGCAGAGGGUGGGCAUGUAAUUCCCCACUACUCCUUUUUAAUAAAGUAAUCAUUCCAUUUUACUUUAUAUUAGUGUUAUAUAAAUAUCUCCUAUAUUUUUCCUUUUCUUUUUUUUCUUUUGCCCCAGUGAAAAUAUCAUUAUUUAUAUAUAGGAAACAGGCCUGUUGAGGUGAGGCUUGUCCAAUAUAUAUUUGCAUAUGAAAUUUUUUCUGUAAGUGUAGUUUCAUUUAAUCAAUUGUAACCUCUUCUAAAACUUUAAUAUAACACUUAACAGGAGAAUAAUAUUAUUCCAAGAAGAAUGCACAUAUGUCUCCCUUUUUCCUGUUUGUCAUCAUAGUGACCUCAAGAAGUAAGACUCACUGUACAAUUAUUUGUAACAUUUUUUUUGUAAUAUAGCUUUCCAGAAAUUUGGGGGAGAUGGGGCACAUCCGCUACUCCCCAUUGUAUUUUUUUUUUUUUUUUUUUUUUUUUUUUUUGUGGUAAUAUUUAUAAGGUUUAUUUUACAUAUGAUACAAAAUAAACACAGAAUUGGGUUUAAAUUUUAAAGGCAAAGUGGGGAUUCUGCAGAACCAUUAAGAAACUCACUACUAAUGCUUAAUUUAGUCUGCAGGAAGAUAAAUUAAUGUUUGGGAUAAUUUAAUGUAAUUUAAUGUAAUAUGAUGUACACCAAUUCAAAAUCAUUGUUUCCUUAGCUUUCUUAAUAUUAUCAAGCAACAAUAGAUUUAAACUCCAAUCCCUCUUUGCAUUUUGACUGAGUAGGGCUGCAUCCUAUGUUUUGGGUUAAAACCAUUCCAAGCAGCAGACAUUUCCAUUACAGUGACCAAGAGAGCCCAAAGACCUAUCAGCUAACACGUCUACAUUUCAGAUCUCAUAAUUUUUAAAUUGGUUUGGAGUUGUGGUGACACAAAAGCAUUGGUAUUACCAUUACUAUUGCUGUAUCUCGAACAAUUAUUUUAUUUUUUAUGUCAACCCAUCCCUAUGUAUUUCGUGUAAUAAUGCACCACCUUCAAUUUUUCAAUAAUUCUAUAAAAGUUCCCAUACCAACAUAGUUCAUCAUCAAUAAGUUCUCUUCUCUAUAUGCAUAUUAUUUGUACAAAGGGAAAAUAUGCACCUGUUUUUACUAAAGUUGUGAACCAGUUUAAUACAAUGCAACAGACUUUUCUAUUUUAAGUUGCUGCUCUGGUUGUGAGUCAUGUAAUUUAUUUCUGAAAUUUGCAUUGCAUUUUGCAUUACAGUAACUUCUAAAAAAAUGUUUAUUGUAAAAUCUAAUAUUAAGUAGUAUGCUUUCCACAUGUUGUACAGGGCAGGAUGAAGUAAACUUGUCUAUCAUCAUCUUACCUUCAAUAUCUGAAUUUCACAAUGGUAUCAUUGCAGAGAAGGUGUGUGGUCUGCUUAAGCAUCUAUACAUUUUUAUCAUUUUUGUCUCACUGUUUUUGCCUGAAUAUUUGCUGAAUAUAUAUAUAUAUAUAUAUAUAUAUAUAUAUAUAUAUAUAUCUAUAUAUAUAUAUAUCCCCAGACAAAGUACCUCAAAGACAAAACUCACUUUGUUAUUAUUUAUUUCUAAGCACUACAGUCCACGUGCAUGUCCAGAUUUAAAUUACAGGAAGACUUCAGUAACUGUGACUGGUGACUAAAAAUAAAUAAAAAUAAAAAAUAAAUAAAUCACAUGUAUUGAAAUAUGCCCAGCAAAUAAGACAGUCCUGGGCACAUGGUUUGAAACAGAAGUGUAAGAAAAACAUUAUCCAUCCUUAUAAUGGUGGAUUUCAAGCACAAGUUAUAAUUAAAUUUGAAGCCGUGUGGCAUUUGUGCACUGACUUAUGGCAGAAUUUUGUAUGUGGUUACUUAUGAAGAUAUACUCUAAAUCACUACAGUUUUGUCCUUUCCCUGUUUUUUAUUUUUAUUUCCUUUUUUAUCAGGUUUUGGCCCAAAUAAAAAGUAGGUGCAAUAGAGUUUUCUUUCAAACGAAUAGCAUUAUGAAAGCACAGAAAUCACUUGUCACAUUUUUCCACACAUGAAACGUCCAACUUAAAUUGCACCAACUCUUUAGGACCAUUUGUGAUGUGUGUAUAGAAAGUGAACUUUGUAAUCUGGGUUUAUGAACUGAGGCAUUUGGAUGAAGUGAACCUAUUACUGCACCAUGUUAUCUUCUAAAGGGGAGUUGUGCUCAUCUGUGCAUGGCCAGAGUCCACACCUUUACCAUGGAUGAGUGAAUUGGUGCAAAUUUGUUUUAAAAAAUGGCACCCAAACAAGUCUUUAAAAAAAUAAUGUAUUGUUCCUCUCCUACAUGAUUCCUUGUGGAGGACCAAAUCAAAUUAAACUCCAUGUAAUGUAAAGUAAUUGUUGCUUCAUGUUUUUCUUUAUGGAUAUUGUGUGUUCAUAUUUAAGACUUACAACAAUAAAAUGUUGUAGCUAAACAGAACAUGCUUUAGUGGUUUAAUUGUAUUGUUUUUUUGUUUUGUUGUUUUUUUUGUUGUUGUUUUUUCCAGAGUGGAAUGUUAGAUUAGUAUUAAUGCACCAAAAUGCAAAUUUAAGUCCAAUUUCAGUAAACAUGCAAUUUCAGUAAACAAAUGAAACUGAACUGCAAAAUUCCAAGUUAAAAUCAAAGUUGAAAAAAAAAAAAAAUAAAAAAUUAAACCUGCCUCUUUCUAACAGGCUUGUUUUAUUUAAAUGAUCAUUUUAAAAACUCAUUCUUACUAAAACUCAUUCUUAUUACCAACAUGCUAUACAUGUUUUACUGUAUGCUAUCACUUUACUUAGCUGAGAAAAAGAUGAAAAAUGACAGAUUAUUCUCACAGAUUAACACUUUAAGCAUUCACAGUCAGUACAUACUUAAAGUCACUUUUCAUUGUUUCACUUUUUUCACAUUUAAUUUGAAUGUUUUUCAUUAAAAAAUCCAUUAUUAGGCAUACAGUACAUAUUUGGUAGCUGAAGAUUCAGUGCAGCCUUGAGAUGAUUGGUUAAGUGUUCAAUAUUGAAACUAGAAAAAAAGGUUCUUAGGAGUUGAAUUCUUUUUUUUAUUAUUCAUUGUAACAUUGUAAUUUUAAAAUCUCAAAAUAAAUUUAAGCUGCAAGCAGCGAUGAACAGGCCCUCGCAGCUGGGUGCACGUUGGGGCUGCUCUGCUAGGGGAAUGCCAUAAAAAAUUUUUUAGCACUUUUUAGCAUAUCGUUAUUAGGUGUGUAUCAAGAUGUAAACUGUAUCAUUUCCUGUUGCCAGCAGUGGCGCUAUGACUAAUACUGAAUCUUGGCAUGUAGAUGUCUUCAGGCCUGGACUUGAUGUUGCCUUGUGUACUGGAUUUGUCUGCCUGCCUCUCUUAAUAUAUAAAGCUUAUACUGCGACUGCAUUCAUCUGCCCGCCCCUUAUCUGACACCAGCUAAUCAGCUACUUACUCAUUUGUACCAGACAGCACUAGAUUUAUAUGAACACUCUGAGAGUGCAGGAAUGCUAAACACACAUGACCUGGAGAGAUAUGUUACACACAACAUGGCUGAGGUUAUGCUUUAUUUUUUUACAUAACCAUUUAAAUCUUGUGUUAACUCUGCCAUAUUCUAAUGGUGCAUUAUGUGUAUUAAAAGGAUCCCUCAUGAGAAAAUAUAGAUGGUCAUGUCUUGUUAUUGGUGAUUUUGUAUUUCCAAUUUCAUUUUUAUUGAACAUUUCUGCUGAAAAUUUCUGCUGUACAUUUCUGCUGAACAUUUCUGCUGAACAUUUCUGUUGAACAUUUCUGCUGAACAUUUCUGUUGAACAUUUCUGCUAAACUAAACAUUUCUGCUGAACAUUUCUUCUGAACAUUUCUGCUGAACAUUUCUGCUGAACUAAACAUUUCUGCUGAACAUUUCUGCUGAACUAAACAUUUCUGCUGAAUAUUUCUGCUGCACUAAAAAUUUCUGCUGAAAAUUUCUGUUGAACAUUUCUGCUGAACAUUUCUGCUGAACUAAAAAUUUCUGCUGAACAUUUCUGUUGAACAUUUCUGUUGAACAUUUCUGCUGAACAUUUCUGCUGAACUAAAAAUUUCUGCUGAACAUUUCUGUUGAACAUUUCUGUUGAACAUUUCUGCUGAACAUUUCUGCUGAACUAAAAAUUUCUGCUGAACAUUUCUGUUGAACAUUUCUGUUGAACAUUUCUGCUGAACAUUUCUGCUGAACUAAAAAUUUCUGCUGAACAUUUCUGUUGAACAUUUCUGCUGAACAUUUCUGUUGAACUAAACAUUUCUGCUGAACAUUUCUGCUAAACAUUUCUGCUGAACAUUUCUGUUGAACAUUUCUGCUGAACUAAACAUUUCUGCUGAACUAUACAUUUCUGCUGAACAAUUCUGCUGGACAUUUCUGCUGAACAUUGUUGAUUUUGUAAGGUUUUGUAAGGAUUUAUUGUUCUGAGAUGUUAUAGUGUGUGUCUCUUAAUAAUGUGAUUUUUCACAUCUGAUGUAUAAAAAAGGUCAUAUUGAUUCACUCAAGAUUAGGGUUUAUUUUUCAAAAAUUUGGUGCAUUGUAAUAGGUGGUCUGCAUUU